AGGAAUAUUGAACAUCAUCAGAUAUUUAAUUUACGAUGUUUCAGCGCUAGGAAAGGUUUCACUACAAAUCGGGCAUUGUGGGUAGAAUACAUGUCAACUUCCUGUAUACAUCACACCGGCCACAUCCCACAUAGAAAAUUCAGUUUUUGAUAGUGUCCCAAUACUAAACAGACCUGCACUAUGUCGGCGUCCGCAGUGUACCUGUUGGAUGUCAAGGGCAAGGUGCUGGUAUGCCGUAAUUACCGUGGGGACAUUGAUAUGUCAGUGAUUGACAAGUUUAUGCCCCUGGUAUUAGAGAUCGAAGAUGAUGGAAAUGUUUCUCCCAUCGUUCAGCACGGCGAUGUCACCUUUGUCUACAUCAAGUACAGCAACCUAUAUCUAGUGGCUACUACAAAGAAGAAUGCAAAUAUAGCUCUGGUCUUCUCCUUUCUCCACAAACUUGUACAGAUUUUCCUGGAGUACUUUAAGGAAAUGGAAGAGGAAAGUAUACGAGACAACUUUGUUUUGAUAUAUGAAUUGUUAGAUGAAGUAAUGGACUUUGGCUUCCCACAGACCACAGACAGCAAGAUUCUACAGGAGUAUAUAACACAAGACAGCCACAAGCUCGAGAUAGCACCAAGACCUCCUAUGGCUGUAACCAAUGCAGUGUCCUGGCGCUCGGACAAGAUAAAAUACAGGAAAAAUGAGGUCUUCCUUGACGUCAUCGAGUCUGUAAACCUCCUGGUGAGUGCUAACGGAAAUGUUCUUCGCAGUGAAAUAGUGGGAGCCAUCAAGAUGAGGGUAUACCUGUCUGGUAUGCCAGAGCUCCGUCUGGGUCUAAACGACAAAGUCUUGUUUGAAAGUACAGGAAGAGGAAAGAGCAAAUCAGUGGAACUAGAGGAUGUGAAAUUUCACCAGUGUGUGCGUCUGCCACGAUUUGAGAAUGACCGCACAAUAUCUUUCAUUCCUCCGGACGGCGAGUUUGAGCUCAUGUCCUACCGACUAACAACACAUGUGAAGCCAUUGAUCUGGGUUGAAUCAGUGAUAGAAAGACAUGUUCAUAGUCGUGUUGAAUACAUGAUCAAGGCCAAAAGCCAGUUUAAGAGACGAUCCACCGCCAACAAUGUGGAAAUUGUCAUACCUGUUCCACGGGAUGCAGACAGUCCAAAGUUCAAAACCACCGUUGGAAACUGCAAAUAUGCUCCCGACUUAAACGCGGUGAUUUGGACCAUCAAGUCAUUUCCAGGAGGAAAAGAGUAUCUAAUGCGAGCACACUUCGGACUACCGAGUGUUCAGGCAGAGGAGACGGAGGGAAAACCACCCAUCCAUGUCAAAUUUGAGAUUCCAUACUUCACUGUGUCUGGCAUUCAGGUUAGGUAUUUGAAGAUCAUUGAAAAGAGUGGCUACCAGGCGCUGCCCUGGGUACGGUACAUCACACAGAACGGAGACUAUCAGUUGAGGACACAGUGACGAGGGACACACGGGGAAAUUAGAGAAAGAAAUAAACCAGCAUAGCCAACAGAGUGCUACUUCUACUGGAAAACGGUUGUUUGAAAUUCUGUAAACAUGUAAACUGCACAAACAGAAACUUCCCAGACAAUCUGGGCUGUGACAGAUAUAUUAAAUACAAUCCUUCAUUAAAACAUCACAAUAUUAAUGAUUUCAUUACACAAUGUACACCUUUAUUUACUUCCUGACUAAUCACACUGGGAUAUCAGAGUGACCAGGGCUUUAAAGUGCAUUUUGUAUUUUAUGUGUUUGAAGUAGUUUUUAAUUCAUAACACCCAAAGUUUAUGGUGUAAAUUUUUCAAAGUUUAGGGCUGACCAAGGGAUAUUUGAUCUGAACACUAUUCAUGUGUUGACAGAAAAUGAAAACCUCUUGAGAGAACCUUUUGUUAUUUGUAGAGUGAUAUGUUAUGUCAGUCACCUGGAUAUAUAGAAAGAAAGAUUUGGAAAGAGUGGUUUGGGGGAUCUUUUUUUAAUUGUAGACAUUUUUGUGUACAUUUUUGUAUUGGCAAUAUACCAUAUUGAAAUAUUUGUAAUGUUUCGAAAAUAAUUUUCAGGAUCAUCAAAGCAUGCAUGAUGUAACAUUUUUGUACGUAAUUUUUUCUAUGUGAGGUGAUCUUAAGUCAUUCCAUUUACAUGGUGAUAUCUCAAAAUAUUGAAGUGCUGUUGAAUUCCUGGUAAUGUUGAUCUCUGGAGGUUCCUUCUGUUUGAAACAGUCCUGUAUUUGAAGCAUUCACCAGAAAUAUUUCUGAUAGUCUACUCCAACAAUGUUAGAGGAUUUCAUGGUGAGAAACCUAUGACAAGCACUUGUCUACUGGCAUCAUAUCAAAUAUUUACUCAGAGUCUGUCGUCUAGCUGAACCAGAGUUUUGAACUGAAAAGAACUAGGAGUAAAUAUGAUUUUCAAAAUGUUUAAUUUAAAUAGGUUUACAAAUGAAAUUAAAUAAUGAAAUUAGAAGUGACAGUGUUAAGUUUUCAAAGUGAGAAAUAUAAGAUCAUCUUAUUUCAACCCAAAAGGAACCCCUAACAUAGGUUUAAAAUAAAUGAGAACUGAUGACAUGUAAUAUUUAAAUGUUCAGCCUUGGUAUUAAAUAUGUGUUGCAAUGUUUGUUUUCUUGAAAAGUGCUUGAGAUUAUUUUCAGGGAGUCCCAGAAAUAUAUCCCAAGUUUAAAACAUUUUGUACAUGUAUAUUUAUUCUUGUUUCUUGUUGAUGAAUCUUGAAGGAAAGUGUACAAAAACAAUUGUUUGUAGUUCUGUCAAGAUGGAUUUUAUUUAUAAACAUGAUGAUAAACAGAGUAGUGAAGAACAAUUGAAUCAUUAGUUCAUUUUACUGUAUUGUUUUUUUUAAGUAAAGGAAUACAGUAUAUUAAUCUUUAAAGUCUGAAAUUUUGUCAAGAGUUUGGAGAGUUUCUCUUUUCAAACCAAAAUUUUUUACAACACUUUUUUGAAUGGCAUCUAUUGAUAUUUCAUUGUGUUGCAACUUGUAAUAAACCCACCAUCUCCUUCGAGUCAAAGUUAAUGUAUUGGCCUCUCUGGGCUUAUAGCCAGAAAAAUAAAGUGAUUACUUUGAAGAGAAUAUUACAAAUUAAAGGAAAAUAACUUUUAACGUCUGUGCAUCUGUAGUGCUUAGGAGUAAAAAAAUGUUUGACCCUUAACCUUGAGCAGAUUAUCAGGUUAACAAGUGUGAAGAAUCACAGAAGAAAACCCUGAGCUUUGUCUUUUUUACAGUAAUGUUACACAUUUCUUUCGAAAGUGACUUUUUACAGAAUAUUUAUCACUCUUCCUCGAAAUGGGGCAAACUUCAGAACAAAUCACAUUUUGGAAUUUUAGAUAAUAUGUACGUAAUUGAAGACAUUGUAUGAAUAUAAAACUUGAUGUACAAGCAUCUUGUGUAUAAUUAGAAUUUGUUGCUAUGGAAUUUUCUAUAAUUAGAAUUUUGUUGCUAUGGAAUUGUCUAUAAUUAGAAUGUUGUUGCUAUGGCAUUGGAUUACGAUGUAUAUUUAGUUGCUUUAUUGUGGUAUGCACUUGGUGCAUUCAGUCCAAUGUCUGUAGCAGUCAUGGUGUAUACGAAAUAAAUGAAAAACUAAAACUGA